GGCAGAUUAAAGCAUCAGGUUUCUGUUUUUACAGCGGAACGGACCAUACACAUCUAUUUAUGACAAUAAUCACAUUUCAAUCUGUUUUAACAUUUGUUUUACUGGGAGAUGACAAUCCAGACUUUCGCCAUCGAGUAUGAUGCAUUAAACGAUCGCAACAUCUUUAGCAAUGGAGACACUUUGACAGGGAGAGUUAUCGUGGAAAUCACGAAAGAAACGAAGAUCAAGGAUGUUACUGUGAAGGCGAAGGGCAAAGCUGAGGUGUCUUGGACGGUGUCACAGGGUGAACAAAGUGUGACGUACUCGGAUAACGAAAAGUAUUUCUCACAAACCCAGUCAGUCCUACCAGAGGAUAAAGCAGCUGGGUCUGUCAGGCUUGUGGCCGGAAGACAUGUGUUUCCUUUUGCCUUCCAGCUUCCCCAGGGUUUGCCCUCGUCUUUUAAAGGCGCUCAUGGUAAAAUUGUCUACAGACUUUUGGCCAACCUGAGCAGGCCUUUGCAUGCUGCAAGCAAAACUGAAGUAAAGUUCACCUUUGUUUCGCAAGCAGAUUAUGAUCAGCCGACGCUGAUGGCACCUCUGCAUGGCAGUAAAGACAAGAAUGUUGUAUUCUUUGCAUCUGGAAAUAUUUCUAUGGAUAUAUUCCUACCCAAGACAGGCUACCAACAAGGCGAAGGCCUAGUGGUCAAUGGUGAAAUUGUCAACAGCUCAACUCGAAAAAUUGUGCCGAAGUAUAUUAUCUACCAGAAACAGAGCUUCUUUGCUGGCGGUUGCCGAAACGUUUACACUACAGAAAUCUUGAAGGAAAAAGGAGAACCAUUAGUUUCAUCCACCAGACAGAAACUUUUUAAGUUAUUACCAGUUCCACAGGGAAUCACGCCGACCAUCCAAAACUGCCGUAUCCUCAAAGUGGAAUAUAGACUGAAGAUCAUUUUGGAUGUAUCGUACACCAAAAACCCUGUGAUUAAACUCCCAUUGAUCAUUUUGCCCAUAAAUGUGCCCUCAGUCAAAGCGCUGGAGGCAGGACUGUACCCAGAUCUGGCCAAACUGAAUUUAUAACUUAUAUAACUAAAUCAAUAUUUACAAUGAGCACUAAUUUUGUUUACUCAUAAUCUUUUGUUUUUAAAUCAAGUUGUUUCUCUUAUAAUCCAUGUAAUGUAUUUAUGUAAAUAACCUCCCAUUGCUUAAAAUGCUCUCGCUAUUGGAGGAGCAAAUGGCUUUCGAAUCACUUUUACUGGGACUCUUUAACAAACACCAAUCAUUCCGCCUUUCAUAACAAAAGCAUAGAAAACCAGCCAAACACUCCACGCUUCAGAGGUGCUGUUUACAGUGAAAUCUCAUCCUUUUAUUAGAUCACCUUGUUCUAUGGAACCAGAGGGGAAGUCCCGGAAGUGUCAUAUUCCUUUUAAAAAACAGACGUGUGAAGAGAAAUGGAACAGCAGGGUGGCAUUUACCGUGACACACUGGACCCCUCCAAGAGACAUAAAUACAGAGCAAGACUCUCUGCCUGUCAACCUGGAGGCCACAGAGCUUCAACGGAUAUCUUCAAUAGAGUAUCACAGCGUUUGUUCAGACAACCCUUGUGCACCAACGUACCGCUUCUGUAACUCACCGCUGCUCAUUUCAGUGAUCUAACAGACGCUAUAGUAUAGAGUGAAGGAUGCCGAAUCAAUAUCACAGCUGAUCUUUGACCUUUGAGCGCCCAGAUGAAGUAUACAACAUCUGAGCUCUGUAAAUGAAAAACAGCGAAUCUGUUUGUUCCAGCCGAAGAACACUAUGAUAUAUUUGUGCAAAUAUGGAAUAAAAAGGUUAAAAUGAGCAUUUAACAUUUAAAGGGAUAGCUGACCUAAAAAUGAUCAUUCUGUCAUCAUUUACUCAUCCUCAUGUCAUUCCAAACCUGUAUGACUUACUUUUUUCUGCAGAACACAAAAUAAGAUAUUUUGAAGAACACUGGUAAAAAAACAACAUUGGCCCCCAUUGAUAUUUAUUAUAUAGACACAAAACCACUGACACAUUUCUUACAUCUUUUUUGUUUUGUUUGGUCAUUUUCAGGACAUAAGGGUGAAUAAAAAAUGACAGAAUUUUUAUUUUGGGGGAACCAUCCCUUUCAGCCCUUUACAUCUACAGUAAUUCCAGAGUUAGUUGAACGUGAUCGAUUGAAUGAAUUCAAUUUAGAACAUGUGAUUUUAUGAACCGCAGACCUCUAUGUGUAAUCAACCAUCUUUAGAUGACAGUGAAUAGAUGAGCUUUGCGUUUACCUCCCCCUGUUGGAUAACAAAUGCCAUUACUUACCUGACUUAUCUGACUUGACAAUUUAAUACUUCAAGUUCUCCCUACUGCAAUUGUACUAAUUCACUUAUUGAGCAGAAAUCCUUAACUGCUGUGUUUGUAGGCCUGUACCAUCCGCCUUAAGCACAACAUUACAUAGAGCUCAGGAGACCGACCCUAUUCUAUUAAGUUUAUUAAAAACGAUUGCUUAAACCUAAGCAGACAAUACUUUUGGCCUGUUCCUUGUCUUUAGAAAGACACACAAAGAGUUUAAUUGGGGCAGUAUAAUUAAGAUACUUUUUUGACAUCAUUUUUUAAAUAAAGGCAAUAGCGGUAAUAUUGACUAUUCUAGCUCCAUGUG